AUGUUCAUUUUUUCAUCACCGUCGUUUGUCUUUGCCCUCCUUUUCUCCCAUCACUUCUUCAGCCUGCAUCUGCACUUCUACACUAGAGACGCUCCGGCUCGAGCCUACCAGCUCCGUCGUGGCCUACACGGACAACCACCGACUGGCCCGGCCGCUAACCUUGUUCUGGUCGGCUUAAAUCCUGCCUCCCAGGGCCUCUGGCACCAUCCACAACAGCGACAAUCCAAACCGCAUCUGAGACCACAACACAAACAACAGUUGUCCUUGCCGUUGCGUCUUUCUAGCUUGCCUCCCCAAAGUAAUACUGCUCGCCAGCGUUCCGAACCGCCCACGUCUGACCGAACCUCCAGAUACAUCCGGGAAGUGACGCCUGCGUCACUUUGCUCUUCCUCUUCGAACAACUGUACCACUACCACCGCCUCGCUCACCACUGACCUUUCAUUCUCCAUAGCUGCAUCUCAUCGGCUUCUUUCGGCUACAGAUUGCGCCUCUGCAUGGAGGCAGACUCGACAUUCAUGGCUUCAGAAAGGCAAUCGGCUCUGCCGGCCUCGGGAUCUAGACAUUGUGGAGACCACCAGGACAUCGAGCAUGUCGAUAAUCCCAAAUUUCGUUGGUCCUCGAAUCGAUAGAGACGAUGCCACUGAUGGUGGACUCGAUUCCAAGACAACGAUUCCAAGAGGAGUGACGACGACAACCACAAUCCGUUCUUGGUCAAACGAGAAAUGUUCGCCCGAUUGCGUUGUGGUUGCUGCAGUAAUAGGCGAAGAUACAGCUAAAAUGGUUGAAAGUGGGGUAGAUUUGGCUCAGGCGAAACGACGCUUGGGGGCUGGAAGGAGUACAAAGAAUACGGUCUCGAGUGCGCUGACGUUGAUGAAACGGGAAGGUCGACAGCCCUCGUUACCGCCUAUGAGCAGCUGCCUCCUCGGUUGGACGCACCCUUCCACGGUUAACCGGUCACGACCAGAACAAUUCAGUAAGUAA